AUGCGUCUACUAGUACAGAAUUUAAUCAAGAGUAUCCAAUUAUAUCAGUUGUAUGCUUACACUAGUUUAACUGUUCACGUAUAUGUAUUGCAUGAAAGUAGCGAAAGCAGAUCAUUCCAAUUUACAAUAUGCGCAUGGGAUAAAAAGAAGUGCUUUAGAUUAAAAUUAUUUCUUUUAUCUGCGACCGCAUUUGAAAGAUCUGCCUCAAACGAGUUCACGUAUUGCUUGCAAACGAUAGUAAUUGCGUAUGGUAGCUCAAUUGCCGUCACUAUCAGCAACAAAGAGAACGCUAUUUCUACUAAUACCAUGAACUUUAGCCGAAUCUGUGACACUGACGCUGAUAACAUUGGCGUUUGGCUGUGUUUGAUCUCAAAAACCACCGAAAGCGCUGCCAAAUAUUUGAUGAGAUCUGAAGAAAACAUACGUUCUCUUAAACUAACCUUAUACCACUAUCGAAGUGAGAGUCGGGGAGCACACUGGUCUGAAGAAUGCAAAUACAAAUUCAAGAAGAACCUCCAUUCUCUUUUUCAGUCUUUGAAAAACUCACAGACCAUGGUUGUUUUAGUUUGCAUGAAAUCUGACGUUCUCAACAUACGGUUUUACCAGAGGAAAGUAUCUUUAAACAAGUAAAUAUUGGUAAAUACAGGCAAACAUAGGUAAUCAUAGGCAAGCAUAGGCAAUCAUGAGCAAUCAUAGGCAAACAUUAGAACGUACAAUUUGAU